AUGAAAACCAUCUUCGCUUUCGCUUUCGUGCUCGCCCUGGCCCUGGCCGCGCCGCUCGAUGACUCCAAGAACGCGCAGGUCCUGAAGUACGAGAACGACAACAUCGGCGUCGAUGGCUACAAGUUUGCUUUCGAAACCAGCGACGGUCACCAGCGCGAGGAGCAGGCUGAGCUGAAGAAGCUGGGCGAUGACGUCGAAGCUCUGGUUGUCCGCGGCUCCUACUCGUACACCGGCCCCGACGGCGUGGUCUACACCGUGACCUACUUGGCCGACGAGAACGGAUUCCACCCGGAAGGCGCCCAUCUGCCGGCCGUCUAA